AUGUUGGUCUGUUCCACCAGGAAAAGGGAUGUGAAUAAGCAUGGGGGGGAUGUCAGAAACCAAACUAGUAGGGGUGCAGCUAGACAACCGUUUAUCAUGGUCGCCUCAAAUAACUCAGAUAUGUAAGAAAAUAAUUAAAAACUUCAUGCAUGAUCAGAAGGAUAGCUAAAUAUUUACCGGGAGAGAUUCUUAAGCAGACAACCCAAGCAUUAAUUGGGAGUCAGGUGAACUACUGUUCUGUGGUCUGGGGAAAUGCAUCAGCAAGUGAAAUUAGGAGGCUGCAGAUUGCACAGAACAAAGCAGCAAGGGAUUGUUUUAAGGUGGAGAUAUGGUUAUUCUGUUGUAGUCAUGCACAAUGCUCUUGGGUGGUCAUCAAUCAACAAGCUCAUUGA